AAAAACGGCUCCACAGUCCACUUGAAUUACAUAAUUCCAAUUUUGACAAUUAUUUCUACUCUAAUGUUCAAAGGACUACAAUUUAAUACCAUUCGCACAUUGUCAGUUUUUAAAAAAAUAACCAUUUUUGUGGAUGAAUUGCGUUGAACAUAUAAAAAAAGUUCUCAUAAAAAGUGUUUGCAUGAUUGGCAUGUAAUUAAAUUUAUAUUAUUUUUAAUAAAAUAAAUAUAAUAUAAUAUUCCAAGGAAAUAAAUUAUUAAAAAGUAAAUAAAUUGGUUUUCAGGAACAGUAAAGCGUAAAAUUUCAAUUUAUGAAUUCAGACAAUGAAGUUGCUCAUAUGUCGUGGUAUUUACACUGUGCAGCUGGAGCGUGUAGUGGAGCGCUCACACGCAUGUUCGGCCAACCAUUUGAUGUCGUCAAAAUUCGAUUUCAAUUACAAGUCGAGCCGAUAUCAAAAAAAUCAAUUAUUUCCAAGUAUAAAACUAUUCCUCAAGCUAUGUAUCUCAUAAGCAAAGAAGAAGGUCUUAAAGCGUUAUGGAAAGGCCACUUACCUGGUCAAUUAUUAUCAAUUACUUAUGGAUUAACACAAUUUGUUAUGUUUGAAAAGACUUAUAAGUAUUCGUUGGAAAUAAAUCGCAACACAAGUACAAAUUAUGAUGCCCAUUUUAUUAGCGGAGUGAUUGCCUCAACAACAGCUAGUAUAAUAUCUUAUCCUUUUGAUGUAAUGCGAACAAGGCUUGUUGCACAAAAAUCUAAUCAGUUGUACACGAAUAUGAGACACACCGCUACUUCUAUUUAUCAGACUGAAGGCAUAGUUCCAUUUUACAGAGGCCUUUUACCAACAUUACUACUAAGUUCAAUACAAGGAGGACUAGUGUUUACAUUUUAUUCUGUGUUUACAAAUUUGUUAUUAACUAAUACUAGUACCAAUAAAAGUCAGAAGAAUGAUAAUCUUAAUGGCUUGAAACAAUUUACAUCUGGAUUUUUAUCAGGAAUUCUAUCAAAAACAUGUGUAUAUCCCUUAGAUAUAUCAAAGAAAAGAUUACAACUGCAAGAUUUUGUUGAAAGUCGUAACAGUUUUGGCGAAAAGUUUGUUUGUAAAGGGUUGGUAAAUUGCAUACGUAACACCAUUAUGAAAGAGUCUUUUUUUGGGCUCUUUAAAGGUCUAGCGCCAUCACUUCUUAAAGCCGGAUUUGUUACAGCAUUGAAUUUUACUUUUUAUGAACAAAGUUUAAGAUUUUUUCACAAUCUAGUCGACACAUUCUAGUUAGUUUUACAUAAGUUACAAAUUUAAAAACUAGUAUACUCAAUUUUUUUGUUCGUUUUAUUUAUACAGAUUAUAUUGUUUUAA